GUAUGAGCCAUGUGGCUCCGUCAUCAACGCCAACGACGCCGAUGACGUCAUCGUCGUCGUCGUCGCUGGGUAACUCCAGGAUGCUCGCCGUGCCGCCGCUCUCAGCCUCUCCGCUCGCGCUCACCGGGAAUCCAACUUCCUCCACCACCGCCAUCGCCGCCCCGGUGUCCGCCUGCAUCGCCGGCUCGGCCACUCCGCUGAGCGGCGCGGCAGCGGCGAAUGCUGGCAACCUCGGAGACGGCGCCUCUGCUAACCGCACGCCGCCUGGUGGCGCUGGCGGCGGUGGCGGGGGUGGAGGUGGUGGAGGUGGAGGAGGUGGAGGUGGUGGACGAGGUGCCAGUUUUGCAGCCGCGCUCCGGAAGUUGGCGCAGCAGGCCGAAGAGCCCCGAGGUUCCUCUCUCAGCUCGGAGUCUCCGGUGACGUCACCCUCGGCCCCUCCCCUCCCCCGCAGCCCCCCCUCCAGCCCCCCACCUCCAGCCCCCGUGGCCCCCCCCGCUCCUCCUCCUCCGCGCCUCCCCGUGCAGCCCCCCACGGCACCCCCCGUGGUCACCAUCGCCCCCACGCAGACGAGUGGGGGGGCGCCCUGGAGGAGCGAGGCACGUGGGCCGGAUCUGUGCGCGCGUCUCCCCGGCGGCGGGACGACGCUCGCGGCGGCCUUGUCCGAGCCCGCGACGGAGAAGCAGGAGAAGCCGCCCCCUCACCUCCCGUCCACCGGCACAGCGGGUGGCCCCUCCCCCGCGGCGGCGUCAUCGAGCGGCGCCCACGCGGCCCCCGCGCACGGCGCCCUGGGGCCCCACGCGCUGCCCGCCUUCGCACUCGCCGCACACGACGCUCACCUGUACGCGAGCGCGCUCGACGCGUCGCGCAUGCUGCACACCAUGCUGCCCCCCCCGCCGGCGGGAGUGGGUCGCCCCGACGACUCCGCGAGGGGGUUCAGGCCAUACCACGCGGGCGGCUCGGGCGGGGGGGGCGGGGGCGGCGGGGGGGGCCCCGAGGAGAUGAGGCUGCCGGGGAUGCCCCCCGCGCCCCACGGGGCCCCCCAGCACCCUGCGGCCGGGGCCCCCCACGCCCUGAGCCUGGACCCGGCCACCGUGGCGGCGUUCUACCACCCGGCGUUCCUGGCCCACCCGGCGUUCCAGUACCCGGCGUUCAGGCUGGACGACCCGUACUGCCUCUCGGCACUCCGCUCCCCGUUCUUCCCGCUGCCCCCGCUGCCCCCGCUGCCCGGAGUGCGCUGCUACCAGCCCGAGAUGGCGGCGCCCGCCGGCAUCGGCAGCAGCACGCCCAGCGCCGAUCGGCUGCAGGCCGAGAAGGAGUCGAGGCAGCGGGAGAUGGAGCGCGAGCGGGAGCGCGAGCGGGCGCGCGAGGAGCGCGAGAGAGAGAAGCAGCGCGAGAGGGAGCGGGAGCGCGAGCGGGGUGGGCACGGGGCGCUAGCUCUGGCGCUGGAGGGGCACGCGGCACGGAGAGACGGCGCCGCCACGGGGGCGGAGCGGGGGCAGCAGCAGCAGCACGACGGCAGCGGCGGCGGCGGUGCCGGCGUCGGCGCGGCGGCGGCGAGCGGCCGUGAUCGGCGAGGGCCUAGCUCCUCCGCUGCUUUCUUCGACCGUCGCCCGGCGGUUCUGGGCAUCACGCUCCCCGUCUCGCACGCCUCGCACGCCACGCACGCCACACACCCCACACACCCCACGCAUCACUCCGCGCACCACCCCACGCACCACCCCACGCACCACCCCGCGCACCACCCCGCGCACCACCCCGCGCACCACCCCACGCACCACCCCGUGCACCACCCCGCGCACCACCCCACGGCGGCGGCGCACAGGCAGGCGGUGCGACACGCGGACGGGGACAAGGAAGAGCGGGGGGGCGCCAGGCAGAGGGAGCGAGUGGGGAGCGUCGCCUGCACCCGCAGGAGCAUCAACGUCGGCCCGCGCGAGGAGUUUAGGAACGGCCUCGACAACUCCGAGGCCUUGCCUCUCGACUUCCACCGAUUGCCGCACGCUGGCGGCGGCGGUGCGGCGACGAUGCCAGGGAGCAGCGCCUCCUCCUCCUCCACCGCCACCACCACCUCGUCCAUCUCGUCCACCACCACCUCCUCGUCGUCGUCCUUGUCGUCGUCCACCUCGCAGGCCGCUUGGCUGAGCCACGUCUCCGGCGGCGGCGGCGACGGCGGCGAAGCGGCGAGCGGCUACUGGAGCCCGGUGCCGCGGCCGGGGGACGACACGGGCGGCGGCCUCAACCUCAGCAGCAACAACAACGGCAGCCACAACCACCACAACCACCAUCACCACCAGCAGCAGCAGCAGCACCACAACCACCACCACAACCACCACCAGCAGCACCAGCAGCAGCCGCCGGGCCUGAGGCCUGUCGGGGCAGGCCACCCGUUCCGCCCGACGGGCCUGUGGGUGCCGCCGUUUGAGAAGGGCCGGGAGGAGAACGGGGUGAAGGCCGAGGGCAGGAAGGCCUCGGCCGAGGUGAUGCCGCAGGUGGUGUCCAUGGGGGGCUCCCACUUCGGGGGGCCAGGCGUCGGCGGAGGGGUCCCCCCCCACUUUUUGUGCGAGCUGCAGCGCUCGGCACACCACUUCCUGGAGAAGCAGGGCACUUGCCUGGAUCGGCUCGCCCAGGAGAGGGCGCCAGAGGGGGCGGAGCGGCCAAGCCAACAGGCAGGCCUGAGGGCCUGCCCCGGGCCCAUCACCAGCAGCAGCAGCAGCGUAUACAGGCCCGACGUGGUGUACGACGAGGCCCUGCGCACGACGCGUCGCGUGGUCAGCCGCCUCGACCUGGCCGAGAGGAAGCGCAAACUUGCCUGGCUCCACGGAGUCCGAGCUCCCAGCGGCUCGGACAGCGACGAGGAGCUGGACGAGGGGGAGAUGAGAGCCGACGUGCGGCGCCUGUCCCAGCGGCCGCCCCUGCCUCUCUCGUGCACGCCCGAGAAGCUGGGCCUGCUGGCCAUCGUGGGCCUCACGUCGCGCCCGCACCGCGACUCCCUCGCCGCCGAGCGUGCCCGCAAGCGCCGCCGGCGCAUGAUGGACCCCAGCCCCCCCCGCGGGGCCGCCCCCUCGCUCCCACAAUGCACCGCGGCGGCCGCGGCCGGGGGCGCGGUGGCGGCGGCGGCGUUGCCCGCGUGCACCGCGACUGGUACGACGCAGCAGCAGCAGCAGGGCGACCUCAACAGCGCCAGCGACUUCCCCGAGAAGAUGGACUUCCUGGUGCGGCUGUCGCUCACGCACGUCAAGCCGGAGCUGCGCCAGGAGCGAGAGUGCGCCCUGGCGCUCAUGCAGGCCGCCAAGGACGGGCGGCUGCCCAGCGACGCUCCCUUCCGCCACCCGACGCCGUGGCUGCACCUCCACUCCUCGGCGCAGCACCACCCCGGUCCCAACGUCUCCUCCACCACCUCCUCCACCACCUCCUCCACCACCUCCUCCACCACCUCCUCCACCACCUCCUCCACCACCUCCACCACCACCGCCUCCUCCGCCAUCGUUGCUCCCAACGUCUCCACGGGCGCCGUCUCCGUCGCCCCUCCCUCUCCACCACCGCUCGUCGUGGUGCCCCGCGAGCCCCCCACUAGAACGGCGGCCCCCCACUUCCAUUUGGCUAAACCACAACCGCAACAACCGCAGCAACAACCGCAGCAACAAACGCAGCAACAGCCGCCGGCACCGCCGCGCGGCCUUGCGCCACCGCCCCCGUCCAUCGCCGCUCUCCCCCCGCGCCUCUCCGACUCCGCCGGUGGGAUCGUCCGAACCGCCCUCGACUUGACCAGGCCCGGUCUGGCCUCUGUACGGCCUCAGCAGCAGCAGCAGCAGCAGCAGACGCAGCAGCAGCAUCAUCAUCAUCAUCAACAUCAUCAUCAGCAGCAGCAGCAGCAGCAUCAUCAUCAGCAGCAGCAUCAUCAGCAUCAUCAGCAUCAACAGCAGCAGGGAAGGUCCAACGACGCCCAGCAGCACCUUCGCAGGCAGGACUUGAGCGUGAAUGGCGGUGGGUCGGCCAGGCCUGUGCUCGGCCCGGUCGCUAGGCCGAUGAUGAGCGACAUCCGGUUCCUGGGAAUGGAAGGCGGCGGCGGCAACAACAACAGCAGCAACAGCAGCAGCAUCAUCAUCAGCGGCGGCGGCCACAACAAUAACAACAGCAGCAGCAGCAGCAUUAUCGUCAGCGGCCACAACAACAACAGCAGCAGCAUCAUCAGCGGCGGCGGCCACAACAACAACAACAGCAGCAGCAUCAGCGGCAGCGGUGGUGGCCACAGCAGCAGCCACGGCGGCCACAGCAGCGGCUGCAACGGCAACGCAGGAGGCAGAGGGGUCGCGGUGACGCCCACGGCGGCGGCGGCGGCGUGGCCGGCCGUGCGUCCGAGCUUCUCGCCGUUCGGUCGGCCGCAGGGCGGCGUGCGGUGGAGCGCAAACUCCGACGCGGUGCUCGAGCACUCUCACGCUCACGCCGACGCGGGCGGCGGCGGCGGCGACGGCGCCGGUCGAGCGGAGCACGGCGUCGGCGCGGCUGCCGACGGCGCGGGGAGAGCCGAGUCGGCGCCGGGAGCGGCUUCCGCCGCCGCCGGGGUCCCGGGGAGCGGCGCGGAGGCGCCGGGAGACGGAGCGGCGGAGUGGAGGGGCGUGGAGGCCGUGAUCGAGGCCUACCAGCAGCACCUGAUGGAGCACGUGCUGGAGCGAGAGGUGCUGCAGGAGCAGGUGGGCCGCCUGAACCUCUACAACCGCCACCUGGGGACCCUGGCCGAGACCCUGAACUCGCGCGUCGCGGAGCUGCUGGGCUGCAAGCGCCGCCUGGCGAGCGAGCGCCAGCGCAGCGAGGAGGCCCUGGCCCGCCUGCACCGCUGCCUGCCGGCCGCCCCCCCCGGCUGCCCCCCCCGGCUGUCCGUGGCCGCCCCCCCCCCCGCCGCUGUCGCUGGCCGCGAGGGCGGCACGCCUGCCCACGACGGCCUCGUCAGGGCCCUCGGCCCAGCAGCACGGCCACUGACGCGGCCUCGUCCGCCCGCCCGCCUGCCCGUCCGUCCGCCCGCCUGCCCGUCCGUCCGUCUGUCGGAGUGUCUCAGUGUUUGUCUGUGUGAAUGUCCACAUGUCUGUGUGAGUGUCCGUGUCUCUGUAUAUAGGUCUCUGUGUCUCUGUGUCUGUCCCCGUAUGUAUGUGUGUAUGUGUGUCUGUGUGUCUCUGUGGCUGUGUGUCUGUCCCCGUAUGUAUGUGUGUCUCUGUAUCUCUGUGUCUGUUCCCGUAUGUCUGUGUGUAUGUGUGUCUGUGUGUCUCCGUGGUUCGGUGGCUUUGUGACUGUCUGAGGGUCCGAGUGCGGAACGGCGGUUAGCGCCGCGCCGCGCUACGAACCCAGCAGAGACCCAAGUUCGAUUCCCGCUCACGGCCACCACCAACACCGCCAGUGACGAUGAUCUGAACCGGUCCUGGGCCUCCCCUCGGUCGACUCGGCCUUAAAUCAGUACCGGGCGCGGUUCUGGCCACACCGCUCCCCGCACCUCCGCUUAGCACGGCUGGCCAUGUACGGUGCGAAAGAAGUUCAAAGUGCACGCGCACACACGCACACAUUGGGCGAGCGGCGCCGGCCUUCUUAGGCACUGCUGCUCAUCGAACAGCACUUGCCCCGGCAGCCCGCGUGGGCUACGCCGGGGUGGGGGGGGGGGGAGGGACCCUUUGUCUUUGUCGUACGUCCCGUGUCUGGUCCGCCGCGCUUGGCUCAGGAGGCCGGUGGGCACCAGGGCGGUCGUCUCAACCGCCGGACUUCGUUGGUGUCGGUCGGGCGUCGCCUGUGGGUUCGUUCGUUCGACUCGACUGUGCGUCCGGAUCAACGAGGAGCACGGAUGGCGAAGCCGUCUGGUCCGCUCGGCAUCUGGUUCCACCGCGGGCGACAUGGCAGGAGCGUCACGUGGGGCGCUUGGGAGGCCCUUCUGCAUAAACGCGGCGCUGUACGGAGCGGCGCUGUACGGAGCGGCGCUGUACGGAGCGGCGCUGUACGGAGCGGCGCUGUACGGAGCGGCGCUGUACGGAGCGGCGCUGCGGGAGGUCGUCGUAGCACGCUUCCGGCCGAGAUGCGUUCCCCAGCCGUUGUUUGCGAGCCUACGAGCGAUAUACGAGGCCUUCACUUGGCGUUGAGUCGAUAAUAGCCUUGACAGCGACACAGUACGCAACGAUACUGUACGCAACGAUAAAAUGUGCGGAAGAAUUAGGAUCAAUAAUAAAUAAAUGGGAAAAAAAUAAACUUUGAAUGAUAGCGGCAAAAAAAAAAAUUCCGAUCGGUUGCUGCCCGCCGGUGCACUCGGGCGGAGCCAAUCGCACCGCCCGCUUGGUUUUAGCGCGCGGCUCGGAGACAGAGAGGGGGGGCGGCGACGCUGUAAGAGACGCCGACGCUGUAGGAGGCAGCGGCGUUGGCAGCGACGCUGUCGGAGGCGCGCCUGCACUGACCGAGCCCUCGCGAGGACAAACCAAGCGAUGCCCCGUGCGGUACUUCGAUCUCAAGCAAUAAGUGUCGGGCGGGGGGCUGUGGGCGGUGGGGUGGGGGGUCCUACCCCCUCCGCGAGGCAUCGCGACGGCAGGUAUCGGGGUGCGCCACGGCCCCCGCCGUGUCCGGGGAGCCGGGCGCUGAACGACUCCGAGUCGGGGGGGUGGGGCACGAGCCGAGGGAGGCGAGGAAAAUUCUCUUUUGUGCCGUCGCUUAAAUGCAUAAGCGAGAAAAAUAUAUACAAGUAAAAACACGUGUCGCGCGGCGGGGUCACGCGAUGUCACGCGGGGUCACGCGGGGUCACGCGGGGUCACGCGGGGCGCGCUCGACCAAUGGCGUUGAUUGGCGCGAAUUUCAAAUGGAGUCGGCAUCCCCCUGGGGCAGAGUCGGCGACCCGGGGCGGAUUUGGGGACCCGGAGCGGAUUUGGGGACCCGGAGCGGAUUUGGGGACCCGGAGCGGAUUUGGGGACCCGGAGCGGAAUUGGGGACCCGGAGCGGAUUUGGGGACCCGGAGCGGAUUUGGGGACCCGGAGCGGAUUUGGGGACCCGGAGCGGAUUUGGGGACCCGGAGCGGAAUUGGGGACCCGGAGCGGAAUUGGGGACCCGGAGCGGAUUUGGGGACCCGGAGCGGAUGAGUCGUCGGUGGGGCGACCCGGCCCUGCCGCUCCACAGGGACGGGGGAACUCGAGCGGGAUUUAGGGGGGGGAUGUCGGUGGGCAGGAGGAGCCUGCGUCGCAUCGUCUACGCGCGGCAGGCUCAAUGAGAGACACGAACUCUCCAAGUGAACUUGACGACUACGUUUCGUUUCGUUUUUUUGACGUCGAUGAAUUAUACCGUUCUUCGUUUUCAGUUUUUAUUUUGUUUUGCGGUGAGGUGGGCGGGGGGGGGGGUAACCGGCGGCGGUGGCGGUGGCGGCGGUGGUGGUGGCGGUGGCGGUGGUGGUGGUUUACCACAACCAAGUUGUGAAUUCGAACCGUGGCCUGCGGCGGUCAGAAUGCGAGGGGUCGGAGGGCAGAGCCGGGCCGAGGGGUACAGCGGCGACACGCAGCGUCCCACCCCCCCCCCCCCAAUCGGAACGCGCGCGUCUCUCCGGGUUAUUUAUUGCGGCGUGGAAGCACCCCCCCCACCCCACCCCCCCACCCUGUAUAUUUACAGAUGGAUUUUAAUAAAA